CUCAUGACAAGCUUAUAAAGAGACAGACACCACAAAGCAGACUGUUGGAGCCGUUACCUGGACUACAUUCACAGAUGAAGAUGAAGACUCUGGUCUUACUGUUGUUGAGCCUGGCAGUGGCUCUGGGGAGACCACAUGGAGUCAUGGAUGAAUGGAUUGAUGAAUGGAAACCAUCUUUGCACCAGAGAGAGAUCUACCCAGUCCUGAGAGACCUGGAGAAACCAGCUGGCUGGAACACUGAGGCGAUUGUAAAACAAACCCAGCUUAGUUCUGUGGUGGAUGAGAAACCUAAUGAACUGAACCCUCUAGUGCAGGAGAAACCAGAAGAGCUGAGCCCCCUGGUGCAAGAGAAUCUAGUGGAACCCAGCCUGGAUUUACAGGUGAUUCCAGUAAGACAUGAAAAACCAGCUGAAUGGAUGCCAGUGGUUCAGAAGAAACCAGAGACAGAAGACACUGUGGAGCUGGAGAAGAAAGUAGAGAAAGCCCAGGAGAAACCAGUAGAGAAAGCCCAGGAGAAACCAAUUGAGAAAGCCCAGGAGAAACCAGUACAGAAAGCCCAGGACAAACCAGUAGAGAAAGCCCAGGAGAAACCAAUAGAGAAAGCCCAGGAGAAACCAGUAGAGAAAGCCCAGGAGAAACCAGUAGAGAAAGCCCAGGAGAAACCAGUAGAGAAAGCCCAGGAGAAACCAGUAGAGAAAGCCCAGGAGAAACCAGAAGAACUGAGCCCUCCGGUGCAGGAGAAACGAGGAGAACUGAGCCCUCCAGUGCAUGUGAAACGAGAAGAACUGAGUCCUCCAGUGCAGGAAAAAACAGAAGAACUGAGCCCUGUCGCAGAGGAGAAACCAGAAGCACUGAGCCCUGAUGAUCAGGAGAAACCACGGGAAGAUGUGGCCCCUGUGGUUGUAGAGGAGUUGGUGGAGGUGGGCCCAGCAGCAGAGGAGGAGGCUCAGCCUGAGCAGGAGAUGGAGGCUGAGAUGAAAGAGGAUCUACUGAGGAUGGAAGAUCCCGAGAUGGGGAAACCAGAGAUGGAAGAAGCAGAGAUGGGAUUAAAUAUGGAACAACCAGAGAUGGAAGAACUAGAGAUGGAAGGAAAAGAAACGGAAGAACCAGAAAUGGAGGAACCAGAAGUACCAAGGGUAAAAAUGGAACCUGAAAUAGAAAUGGAGACAGAGGUGGAGAUGGCGUUUGCAAUGGAUGAGGGGCUCACCUACCAAGAGGAGGGCCCUCUUAUGGAGGGUGAAAAUGUCAUGGCUGAAGAGCCAAUCAUGGAUUUGGAACCACUACCAGAGGACAGUUUGAUUGAACAGUAUUGGAGAGGAGGCAGUCCUAUGGAUGGCAACAAGAUGGCUCCAGAAAUGAUAUAUAAUUUUGAUCUGGAAGAGGAGCCAAUGACAGAACUAGAGCCGUUGCUAAGGGAGGGGCCUAGCCUGGAGGAAGAUGAUGAGUAUGUCAUAGCGGAACAACCAAUCAUGGAACUGGAGCCUGAAAUUAGGGAUGUGCCUUUUGGAGAGAAUCCAAUCACGACAGAUUACGCCAUCAAGGGAGAGAAGCCAGUGAGGGAACUGAUGGAAGACAUGGGGCCUAUGACGGAGAGGGAGUACUUCCUGGCUGAGGAACCAAUCAUGGAGCUGGAACCUGAAAUGAGGGAGGGGCUAUACACUGGGCAUUAUCCAAUGACAGACUCAGCUGUGAUGGUAGAGGAGCCAAUGAUGGAGUUGGAACCUCUAGAAGAGAAGAGGCGUCUUAGGGAAGAGCAUUUGCUUUUGGAGGAGGGGGUUCGAGUAAGAGAGAGGCCUCUCAUGGAGCAGCCAAUGAUGGGCGAGGGCCCCAUGAUGGGCGAGGGCCCCAUGAUGGAUGGAGAGGCGCGCAUGUGGGUGGAACCAGAGAGGGAGAGGCGGUCUUUAAAUAUGGAGGAGGUGGGGCUAAUGGAGAACAUGGCCCAACGUGAACCUACAGGGAGGAGCUCCUGCAGUGGUGUGGUCCUGGAGGGGAAAUGCUACCAGUUCUUCAGAGGCCCAAAGACAGCUUCAGAUGCUGAGUUCUACUGCCAGGCUAACUUCCCUCGUGGCCACCUGGCAUCCAUCACCAGUCAGACCAUCCACAGACAGGUCAUGGACCUCAUGCUGCAACAGAUCGGAGGAUACACACGCACCUGGGUUGGAGGACUACGCUACCUGGACACUGGUCGCUUCAUCUGGUUGGACGGUGCCCACUGGUCCUAUGAGGAUUGGUUGCCUGGCGAGCCCAAUUACACGGCAGGGGUGGAGAACUGUCUGGAGCUACUGGCACUUGGAAAUGGGAAGUUCAAUGAUAUGCCGUGCUGGGAUCUGCGAGCGUUUGUCUGCUCUCACCCUGUCUAGGAAACAGUAGGAUAAAGCUGCUGAGGGGAGAACGGCUCAUAAUAAUGGCUGGAAUGGAUUAUAAUGGAUGGAAUGUAAUGGUGUCAAAUCCAUGAAAACCAUGUUUCUGAUACCAUUCCAUUAACUCCAUUCCAGCCAUUAUAUUGAGCUGUUCUCCACCGCCCUAGACACUGAUCUAAAGUCAGAUUACAUUCUUCAUCCCAGUGUGGAAUAUUUGGGGGGAAACUGAUCCUAGAGCUGUACAUAUUAGUGCAUCCUCUAUCCCGAGCUCUAGGAACACAGCGGUGUCAGAUUUUAUGACCCUUGCACUUUGAACCUCUCAGGAGGUUUCCAGUUUGAGUCACGGGGGAUUCAAGUACCUGGCUUCAGUGGUGAAAGAGAUUCUUAAACAUUUAACUGCCUUCACACUGUAAGAUAUUAUUUCUCUAUGAUAAACAAUCUAUUUUAGAGCCAUAGGAAAGCACUUUUUAUAUUUUGAAAAUAGAAC